AUGCCUGAAGCUCGCGAGGCUAGAGCGCAGCAGAUGUACGGGAAGAUGAUCAUGGAAGCAUUCAUCGGAAGAGCCUAUAAUUGCACGCUUAUCAAUAUCUGGGCUGACGCUACAGACGCCGAGCAGACGGAGGCCGAGGACAAUCCAUCGCAUGCCAACAAGUCUGCACGUAGAGGAAAGGUGUUUGUCUUGGAUGAGACAUGUACUUCGCAGCGCGGUCAAAAUAACAACCAGACUCCGUUAAUUCCCAACAACUGGACCCCCAAGUUGAACUCGAAGUUCCAGCUGAAUGGGUCGGAAUCAAUCUCGUCCGCUGGGAAGACGGUUAUAAUUGACUUCGGGCAUGAUGUAUUAUCGAUUGCACCCCUACUCCAUACUUCCCUUCAGUGCUACUCAUCUCAGACCUGGUAUAGUUCUGUUGUGCCGGUGAAGAAGAAGGGACGUGCCAAAAUUGGCAUUGCAUUUGAGUUUGCCAACUUCGUCCUUGCAUUCUGUUCCCUCGAUCUUUGCUUCCAGCCUCAGUGGCAAAGUCAGGAACUCGCCCCGAGGGAUAUACCACCUGAUGUUUAUGAUAAGUGGGAAGACUUCCUGAAAUUUGUUGUAGCAGAAUACCAACAUUUGCUUACCAACAUGGCUUUUGGGGAUGGCUCCAUCCUCAACCACUUUCAAGGUAGCAUCUGGUCGCGUGCGGGAGCCGGGGAAUAUUCAUGGUUGGAGAUUCUGGCUUACGCAGCUAUCCAUCCGAACUUGACAGUUGGCGAAGUCAUCCGAUCCCCGUCGCGUUUAGCCCGACUUUGCGCCGCAUUUUAUAUGUUCAUACAUCAAAUUGCUCAUGAUGAUGGGGUAGAGCUACGGUGCCUGCAUCCAAAGACGAUGACGAUGGCACCCACUGUGGAACAGCGGCUGAAGUAUAAGAACAUGCUCUUAGUUCAAGGCAAGCGUCGACUGCUGUGUACCAAUCAACAGGCUGAGCUAAUUGACAAAUAUUACGAGACAUUGCAGAAGCUCAGGUCCCAAGAGCAAUGUUGGCCUCGAGAGACUGCAAAGUUGUACGACUGCUUUGAGCCCAACCUGAUUCGGGCAGUGCUCACACGAGAGACGUGCAAUCUCGGAGCAUUGAUCUUUGGCCAGUCAGAGUGGAAGCAGCUGGGUGGCCGAACUCAAAAAGAGGUGGACCCACUGACGCAAAUGUACCGUCGGCAUGCCCCUUUAUCCCUAGCCAGACGGACGUUCCUACCCCAAGGCUACUACGAGUCUCUCUUUGUGGAGCCUCGUCCUCGACGCUUCCAACCAGUUUUUGUGUAUCGCUAUACCGACAGAAAUGUAUGGACAUUCUACCGCUUUUUCCCGACGAACUCUGUGGCUCGCUCUGGAAAACCAAGGUUUUCGGGAGACUACACAGAGUACACUGGUGAUGAGAUGCGCAACUUACUCUUUGAAACUAUCGUCCGACGAGAUAAUACCAAUGUUGCGCUUGGUCCACUUGAGUACUGCGGAAAUGCUGUGGUUGUCCGGCUUGGUGGUCAAUCUCGCCAUAAACGGUUCGUCCUUGCUUUUCUGAGCGAGGAGGAGGAAAUCCAGACUCUACCUACCAACCUUCGGCAGGCGCGCCAGGAGCACCAGACCUUGGUGUCGCAGCUCCGCGAAGCGCGCUCGUCGGAGACAUCGACGAAGUUCGAAGUCGACUCGCAGCAGCUGACGCUCGCGAGGGAGGAGCUCGAGUGCAUGUCCAAUGAGCUGAGCGCCAAGACGAAGGAGUUCACGCGCUACCGGCGGGCGAAGAACGCGGAGCUCGUGCAGCUGCAGGCCGGGCACGACGCGCUCACCCAGACACACGCGUCGACGGAGAGCAUGCUCAAGGCGCUGCAGUCCGCGCACGACGCGCAGACGCACCAGUUGACGCAGGUGCAGACGUGCAUACAGGAGCUGACGGGCGCGCUCGCGGAGCAGGAUGCGAACUACGCGACCGACGCGGGUUCGCUGAAGAGUCUGGCGAAGAUACUGGAGGAGCGGGAGCAGCAGUCCAAGGUGGUGGUCACGAAUAUCAAGCGUGACUGGGCGGAGGUGGGCGAGAAGACGGUGCAGCGGGUGAACUACCUCAAGGAGAUCAUCGACAAAGAACAAGAGCGUGCCGAGGCGGCGGAGAAGCGGGUGGAGGAGUUGGAGGAGGCUGUCCAGAGGGUAUCUCGCGGUGAGCUGCGCAUCCCGAGCAUCAGUGCUCCAGGCACGUCCCAAACGCCCGCCGCAGGAGCAUUAUGCGCAGAAAGGCUGGACAACAUGGUAAGGAGAGCGGUGUCUGUGAUCGAGGAGAGAGUCCCGGUCCUCAAUCAGCAGCGGGAGGAGUACGAACGGCUUCGACUCGAAGCCGUUGAACUCGCUAGCCAGCACGCUGAGACUAUCGCGGAACGCGACGCUGAGGCCGCUCAGAGCGAAGACUCGGGCCAGGAAAGUCGUUCAGGAGAAUGA